UUGCGAAUUUCUCGGAUACGAACUCUCAAUUGAAAAUCUAGGGUCGAUAGCUUGAACUACAGGCAGCUGAAUUACAGGCAGUUUUUUAUAUGAAAACCGCCCUGAAAACGCGCAAAGCAUGAAUUGAUCGAUUGUCCGUUCCCCGCGCCGAAGUAAACAGUACCGACAACGUCGACCGGCUUCUAUACCAAAGCGACAAGCAUGGCCAGCGCCUCAUCCAUAUCAGUUGGCGACAGCAAACGCUUCUCUGCCUCAAAUUUCCCAUCAAACCUACGCCACAGCCAGACCGCCAGGCCUUCUUCUCCCCAGACCCCCCAACACCAACUCCGCUCGAACAACUCCUCCUUCGCAAGUACCUCGUCCGGCUCGUCGUUCCGCAGUGAAGAAGAUGCUAUUAUAUUCGAAUUGGGCUCGAGAUGGCUCCGAGCAGGUUUCGAGGGCGAGAGUACACCCAUGUGUACUGUGGGGUUUGGUCCGGAGGAAUCGAGAAGAACGGGUGAUUACCGGGGAUGGUUGAAUUAUGGGCCGUCUACCGAAUGCUCUGUUAGUCCUGAAGAGUGGGCGAAUUCAUAUGAACUAUGGGGAAUGGAUCUGCGAAAGGUGGACUUGGGUCUUGUCGAGGAUAAGAUUGAGCGGGUGGUUCGCGAGACAUAUAACAAGUACCUGUUAACGGACGCGGGGACGACACGGCUGGUUCUUGUUAUGCCGUCUCUUAUGCCGCAUCCAUUACUGGCGUCUGUUCUAUCGACCUUGUUUAACCGCUGGCGGUUUCCAAGUAUCACGCUCCUACCAGCUGCAGUCAUGUCCGCGACAGCUGCCGGAGUACGUUCAGCAACGGUAGUGGAUCUGGGCUGGGCCGAAACUACAGUGACUGGCGUCUAUGAAUACAGAGAAACCGCACACAAACGCAGCACUAGGGCAAUGAAACACUUACUCCAAGAAACAGGUCGAUUCCUCACCCAGCUCACCUCCAGCACUCGAGACCCAACAACAGACGAACUCUCCGUGAGCUUCGAAUACUGCGAAGAAGUAGUCACCCGCUUCGCCUGGUGCAAAACACACCAAGAAACUGAACCAACCGACCUCCCAAACACCGCCAUCUCUAUACCUUCCCCCUCAAACCCGGGUUCCGAAUACAUCGACGUCCCCUUCCUCAAACUCGCCGAACCAGUCGAAAAAGCCCUCUUCGCCCACGGCAUCCCAGAGUCCGACCUCGACGACGAGGAAAAACCCCUCCCUCUACUCCUCUACAACACCCUCCUUGCUUUACCCCCCGACGCACGCGGGAUAUGCAUGUCCCGGAUUAUAUUCGUUGGAGGAGGCUCGCACAUCCCAGGGAUCCGCCAACGCAUCCUCAACGAAGUUAACAGGCUAAUCAAAACACACGGUUGGACACAAGUCCGCGGGAAAGCCGUUGAGCGCCAACGUACCCGCCUCCAGGAAUUGUCCCUUACUCCAACUCCAAACCCAAGCACAAACACAAACCCACCAUCAACGGCCCCAUCAACAGGAACUACAACACCAACGCAAGAACCCACUGCCACCGCAUCCCAUACACCGUCAAUCGACGAUGAAGGAGAUAACGAGAUCGACUUUGUCGAGCAGAAACUCCAGCGCAAUCGCGAUAGAGACUUCAAACCGCCUGUCCAGGGUAUUCUGCGAGAAGUUGAGUCGUUGGGACCUUGGGCUGGUGCGAGCCUUGUGACGAGUUUGAAGAUUAGAGGGAUGGUAGAGAUUGAACGCGAGAAGUAUUUGCAGCAUGGGCUUGCGGGGGCGAGUCGAGAUUUGGAGCAUGGGUAUGUGCCGGAUAGGAGGUCGGGAUUGAGGACUGGGGGUGAUCGGUCGAGUUGGACAUUGGCGGGGUGGGGUUGAUUAUGCUGGAUUAUGGAUUACCUGUUUUAGCGUUUGUUGCGAGUUUGAUAUUAGAUACCCGAAUGAUAGGUUUGGAAUUGGUAUAUUUUACGAUACAAUCAUGCAUUCAGCCCAAUUAGUCUGGUUUAAGAAGACAACUAUUAGUACCAGGUAGUAUGUACAUAACAGGGAUCAAGCAAUCGUCCCAAACUUAUAAGUAGCCCAGUUAAUCGCUGGAGCAGUAUCCGGUGCAUAAACCUGGUACGGCGACUGUCCCCAUUCAGGGUGGUUGAUCCCAUCAAUCCAACCCUCAGGCUCAAUGACCAAACAUCCAUACGCAUUAACACUGCUAGCACCCUGGCCUUC